AUGAAGGCUCGCAACGUCGCUUUUCUCCUGGUCACUUUGGUGUUCAACGUGAUCCAAGACAGCGAGGGAGUGAAAAUAAGCACCUUCAACUUGAUGCCGUACCCAAACGGCACGGUGGAAAAAAUUGAUUUGAGCAAAGCGUUUGUGGAUCUGAUUCUCACGGUCGACGAGCUGACCAAGGCUGUCAAGUUCGAACUCUACACGAUUUCGAACCCGAAAACGCCCGAGAAGUUGUACUACCUGGACCAAUCAGCUCUCUCGAAAAGCCAUUUCAACGCCAGCAAGCCGACACGCUUCGUGAUCCAUGGAUGGCAAAACUCAGGCGGAUCGGACGUGUGUGUCUUCAUCCGAGAUGCCUACCUCGCAGUUCGCGAUUACAACGUCAUCACCGUGGAUUGGAGCACUUUUUCAAGUUUAGACUACGUUUCUGCUCGUUCAAACAUUGUGGCAGUCGGGCAACACGUAGGGAAGAUGAUCGACUUUCUGGAGCUGAAAGGGGCUAGCCUGAAAGACAUGAUCAUCGUUGGACAUUCUCUUGGGGCUCACAUAGCUGGCAUAGCGGCGAGAUCGGCGAAGAACGACGUCGGCGCAGUUGUUGGCUUGGACCCGGCCGGUCCUCUUUUCUACGUGGUGGACACGAAUGCGCGUAUGAAAUCUACGGACGCCAACUACGUUCAGAUCAUUCACACAGCAGCCGGUCGUCUCGGGUACGACGGAAAUCUGGGCCACGUCGACUUUUGGGUGAACGGUGGCUUCGUGCAACCGGGAUGCGGCUUGGAUCCUGCUGCUUAUUGCGCUCACCUCCGGGCCUUCGAAUAUUUCGCCGAAUCGAUCUCCCACGACUCGUUCAGAUCCCUCGCCUGCACCAACUACUUGCUGUACGAGACUGGCGCUUGUCGUUUCGAAAGCUCUUCAAAAAUGGGCGGAUGCGACCUCGACGUAAGAGCCACCGGCACUCACUACGUCCAGACGAACAGCGCACGUUCGUUCGCAAAAAAUUAA